GCGCGCGGGGCGGAAGGGUCGGCCGGGAUGGGAGAAGCAGCCAUGGCCCGCGAGGAGGAGCCAGGGAGCGGGCGGCUGCCCGGGCUGGGUCUCCUCCCCGCGGCGGGGAGGAAGGCGGAGGACCCCACACACCCCCAUCCCUUCCCCAUCCCGGUCCCGCCAGUCGUCCGUCUUGGUCCCCACGACCAGCAUCAUCCUCCUCCCUCCUCCCCCCUCACUUGGUCGCAGGCCUGACGCGCCCCCUGCCUGCCUGCCUCUUCCUCCCUCGCUCCCUCAGCGGCUGCUGCUGGAGCUGAGCGAGGACGCAGGAGCAGGAGCAGGAGGUGCCGCCCAGCAGGCAGCCCGCCCAGCAGCCAGGCGGGGCGGCGGCGGCGGCCUCGCCUCCUGCCUCUCCGGCUCCUCCCCGCGAGCAGGGCCGGGCGGGCCAAGCUGCUCCACAAGGGGGCGGGGCGGGCCUGAGGCGGCGGCGGGGCAGCAGCAGCAGCAGCAGCAGGCAGAGGAGCCGCGGGCGGCGACGACAACGGCGACGGCCCAGGAGCAGCAGCAGGCUGGAGGCGGGCUGCCCUUCUCCCUCCGCCGCGAUGGCCGCCGACGUCUUCAUGCUGCCGCCGGGCACCAGCCGCUUCCCGCCGGCGGCGACGGCCCUCACCUCCUCCCUGGCGCGGCGGGCGGCGGCGGCGGCGGCGGCGGCUGAAGAGGACUCCUCUUCCUCGACGGAGGACAGCGAGGACGACGACGGGCCCGGCAGGCUGCCGCCGCCGCCGCCCCACCAGCCCCCGCCGCCGCCGCCCACCACCCCCUCCCGGCGCCGGGCGGGCAGGGGCCCUCGCGGGCGGCCGGCGCCGCAGAUCAUCCACUCGGGCCACUUCAUGGUCUCCUCGCCCCACAGCGAGCACCCGCCCAAGAAGGGCUACGACUUCGACACCGUCAACGAGCAGACCUGCCAGACCUACCGCUUCGGGCCGGCGGCGGCGGCGGCGGACGGGGAUGGCGGGGCCGGCGGAGCGGGGUCGUCGUCCUCGGCGGGGGCGGCGGCGGGCGGCCGCGGCGGGGCAGCUGGAGGCGGGGGCGGCGCGGCGGCCGGCGGGCGCCUCAGCAUCGACGCCUCCCUCACCAAGCUCUUCGAGUGCAUGACCCUGGCCUACAGCGGCAAGUUAGUUUCUCCCAAGUGGAAGAAUUUCAAAGGCCUGAAGCUUCAGUGCAGGGAUAAAAUCCGGCUCAACAACGCCAUCUGGAGGGCCUGGUAUAUUCAAUAUCUGGAGAAGCGCAAGAACCCCGUGUGCCAUUUUGUGACUCCCCUGGAUGGUUCUGUGGAGGUUGAUGAGCACCGCCGUCCUGAGGCUAUUGCAAUAGAUGGAAAAUACUGGAAGCGAAGGAUAGAAAUAGUCAUCAGAGAGUAUCACAAGUGGAGAACCUACUUCAAGAAAAGGUUACAGAAACACAAAGAUGAAGACCUUUCAAGCUUGGCCCGGGACGAUGACAUGUUCCUUUUGCAUAAGACGACGUACGGCAGAGAGACACCAGUCCCUAUGGAACUGGACUCUCUCUUCAGCACCGACAUGCUUAUGUCAGAGUUGCCAGACACCCUCUUUUCCACACUUUCGUCUCACCAGCCAGUUUCCUGGCCAAAUCCUAGAGAGAUAGCACACUUGGGAAAUGCUGACAUGAUUCAGCCAGGACUUAGCCCGCUGCAGCCAAACUGCAUGGAUACUUUUGAAUUUUUUCAAGAUCUUUUCAUGUCCACCCGUCCCAACAAUGGAUUCACUGCCGUCCCCGCUGCUCCUUCCGCUGCCUCCUCCAUGGCAGACGCCUGCAGCCAUUCUUCCCAGACCCCAGGCCUCUCUUCGGGUCCUUUGCCCAAUCCUCUUGCCGCACUGGACCUUGGCGAAGGGCUCGUCGCUGCCCCAGGCAUUCCCAGCAUGGUGGACAUUGGUGCUGCUGACCCCUGCCUCGGCCUGAGGAGCGGAGGCUCCUUCCUGCAGCCGCACAGCUUCGAUUCGGAGCCGCCUCUGGGCAGCCAGCUGCAGUUCCUGCCUCAGUUCCCAUCCUUGUCGCUCCUUCAGCAGAGCAUCCAGCCUCUGCCCCAGCCACAGGCAGCCCUGUCCCUGAACACUAGCAUGGCCUCCCACGUGCCCAUCUUCGCGCCUGCAGAGACCCCCCGCUUCGGACUCUCCAAAUCUUCCGUCAUCACCCACACAGCUUCGGCCACUCCAACGCACAGCAUUCCCGCCACCACCUUCAGCCACCACCAGGGCGGCCUUCUUGCCACGCAGCAGGCGGGGGCCGGAGUGCCGUGCAGCCUGGCUCUCCAGACUGCCGUUCCACAAGGGCAGGCCCUCCUCCAGCCGCGCACCCCCUUCGCACACCCCCUGGCCAGCUCCGGGACAAGGCCCAGGAAGCCUCAAAAGAUAGUGCCUGCUCCCAAGCCGGAAACCGUGUCCUUAGUGUUGAAAAAUGCCUUCAUCACCCCAGCUGCCUUUCAGGGACAAUCCAGAGCCAUGAUUGUCACUCCAGCACCGCUGAAGAGAGAAGGGCUUUUAGCUCCCAGGAUGUCCCAGCCGAAUCUUGUGAUUGCUCCAUCUGGAAUGGCCAGAGCACCCAGAGCAACAGAAUUCCACAGCAGGAUUCUGAUCAGCCCAGGCCAGCCGUCUCCAAGUCCUCAGCCCAUCCAGGCUGCAGUGCCGCAUCUUUUUUCUCCUAGUGCUCUUCAGGAAGUGCUGGUGAAAGGUGAGCAGGCCCCCCCACACAAAACCUGCUCACAGAUUUCCUCCCCUUCACCGGGCCGAGAUUGUCAGCCAUCACCCUGCCCUUCUGAACAAAGCCUCAGCCCUCAGUCUCCCCAGAACAACUGCUCAGGGAAAACAACUGAUCCUCAUGUGGCUGCUUAUAAGACGCGAAGGAUGAAGCAUAUUUCUGCAGAACAGAAGCGAAGGUUUAACAUCAAGAUUGGCUUUAGCACCCUGAACAACAUGGUGUCAGCAAAUUCUAAAUCGAUCAGCCAUGCCCUUACGCUCCAGAAGACCGUGGAAUACAUUGCUAAGCUGCAGCAGGAGAGAUCACAGAUGCAAGAGGAAACCAAGCGCCUCCGGGAAGAAAUCGAGGAGCUGAAUGCAACCAUCAUUUCUUGUCAGCAGCAGCUGCCUGCUACCGGAGUUCCCAUCACGCGGCAAAGGUUUGAUCAGAUGCGGAGCAUGUUUGAUGAGUAUGUCAGAAACAGGACCCUGCAAAAUUGGAAGUUCUGGAUUUUCAGCAUUAUCAUCAAUCCCUUGUUUGAAACUUUCAACGGGAUGGUGUCCACGACCAGUUUAGAGGAGCUGCAUCAGACUGCGCUGGUGUGGGUGGACCAGCACUGCUCCCUGCCUGUUCUGAGGCCAAUGGUUUUGAAUACCCUUCGGCAGUUAAGCAUAAGCACCUCCAUUCUCUCUGAUCCAUUACGGUUGCCAGAACAAGCCACGGAGGCAGUCAGUAAGAUCAACAACGCAGCUGGAGAAACCUAACCAAAGAUGGCGGCCUGACCACCUCAAGCCUCAGUGAUCAUCCAAGCCUCACAAGACCUAGAAAUGCCCUUGUAGCGGAUUUGGCUUCCGGACCUCGCCACCAGGCUGUGAGACGUGUCGGCGGAGGGGGGUGGGAGAGAAGGCAAGGGGUCAUCCUUUGAUGCCGUGUUUGGGUAUGGUCCAGUGGGAAAGCCAACUCAGGUAAACAAGCAGGCUGAAAGACCUGCGCCCAGCAAUAGAAGCACUCCUCCUCCGGUGCAGCCUAUCGAAGUAUAUGGUGUGCAAAUGUUUGCAUAACCUGACCUCAAGCACCAAAGCCCAGAGAGAGCAGACUCAUCACCAGGAGCAGUGCGGUAAAAGGGAAACACGCCUCCACUUUCAUGAAAUGUGACCUGUUUCCUCUUUUGUGCUGUUACUAUUUGGUCUCCUCCUGUUCAUUCAGGAAAUGCUGACGGCCAGGAUCCCAAGGACUGUGAGCAAGCAGGGGUUAGACUUGUGUUGUGAGCAUGCCUCCCCUUACCCCAGUUCAGAGCAAAGCUCUUUCAAACGGAGCGGGGCGGGGUGUCCUCAGCAGUUCGGUGAAAUGACCGUGGCGAGCCAGGAGGUGGAUCGGGCUGGGAAUCUCAUUGUUUAAAGGGGGUGAGGUGGGGUGAAGAAUUCCACUUGGUGCCCACAAAAGUUUAGAAGCAGCUUUUUGGAUCCUGACCAGUGGCUAGAAUGGGAUGUAGGUCAAUCAGGAAACAACCUAAAUGGUACAAACACUUGCUAAACAUAUCGAGGCCUCAAUCCUAUGCAUGCUUACCUGGGACUAAGCCUCACUGAACACAGUGGGACUUGUUUCUGAGUAAAUGUGGGUCGGACUGUGCUGUGAGUUAGUUACCCAGUCGCCAGCUCUAAGUGCAUUUUAUUAACACAUGGGCAGCUUUGGCGUGGUAGAAUUUGUGUAGCCAGUGUGUUACACGAGUUUUUUUUUCCUCCUUCUGCCACUGACUUCUAGGACAGCUUGGCUGAGGUAUGAAGGGUGUUUGAACUGUAUGUGGUUCUGUCCUUUUAAAUAGAGACCUUUCUAAAUUGCAAGCCAGUUUAAGCAUGGUGCAAAACAGCGUUGCUGUUCAGUCCAUGGAAACUACCCUCCCAAAUCUUAUCAUAUCAACAGCUGACCCAGAAACAUGACACGUUCUUGCCUGUCCUCUUUACAGUCACUCUUUGCAAACCUAAUGCACUCAGUCCUUGGGAUCUCUUUAAAUCCUGUUUAAGAUUAAUUUACGUUAAGGUAAGUGCCAGCAUAAACUCUAACCACGAUUAUUUAUGACCAGUGGAGGGAGUUUGUGCGUAUGAGGGGCCGAGAGGACCCCCAGCCUGUCCGACCUAAUUCUGCUUCAGAGAUCUGGAGUGGUGUGUCUGCAUCAUGCUUCUGGGUCUCAGAGAUUCAGUCCACAGCUAUCAAGAUCCCUAGAAAUGCAUUUGUGAAUUGUAUAAUGGCUACAUUUACAAUACAACUGUCAUACCCCUUCCUUUCAACCAGUGUUUUCAACUCAGUAUCAAUUUUAUAGAGCUUUUAUUUUCUUUUGUUGUUUUAGAAGGGUGGGGAGACAGACAUGUGUAUGCACAUGUGUGGCUGCCAUUGGUUCAGGAGGGCUGUGCUAUCACGUGGGAGGCAGUCCUCAUCCUGUGAACCAAUUUUAUUUUGUAGCUUCAGUUACUAUGAUUGUCCGUGCACUCAACCCAGUUCAAAAGCCAGGGAGUUGUGGACUUGACCUAGAUAACAGCCAGAGGCUUGAAUAAUCCAGGGCUAUUCACUUUUCCUCUUUGAAGGAAGUUUGGCUUUGUUUGCAGGAGGAGCAACCAAAUUAGCAUUGUGAUUACUUCUGAUAAUUUUCCUCAGCACUCCAUCUCCUCAGGUGUAACAAACAUUUGUGAGAUACAGACUUUUUGCAUGGCGUAUGCUCACUCGCUCUCUUUCUGGAGAUUCAGCUUUCUCAGGUUGUAUAAUGAGCCUUCUUUGUAGCCUCCGUUUUGCACAUAACAAUGCAAACUUAGGUACGUCUGAAAACGCAGUAGAGGAGAGCAGAGUUGCUUGUCAGAUUUGGAUGCCAGCAGUCAGGCUGGCUGAAAAUGAAUUAAAAGCAAGCAAUAAUUUUGGCCACCUCCCUGCAGAGAAUACAAAUGAAUAUUGGGUUGGAGCAACCAUGACCAACAUUUUAGGGCUGGAGCCUUCACCGUUCUUCAUCAGCUGGCUUAUAGGGCUCACAUUUAUUUUUUUGUUUUGCUCUCAUCAAGAGCAUCAUUUGACGUACAGCUUUGGAACAUUUGGAUUUAACGAGAAGUAUUUCCAUCCCCUGGGAAAUAGUCCUGCAACUCAAGUCCUGCUGUGUAAGCCUGAUCCAGUAGUAGCUCAUCCUAGCAGGACAGGGAGUGUCAAAGGAGGGAGCUUGGGUUGCUCCUCCCCCACCCUCCAGAGAGCUACACUGCUUCAGGCUGACCAUUCAUCAGGUAGAGCUUUACUGUUAACUGCACAGCUCUACCUUAUAGCCUAUAGGCACCACAGCUCCCAGGCAGGAGAGAGGAGCAACCCGAGCUGUCGGGAAGCAGAGGCAGUUGUGCCUCCUUGGGUCCCCCCCCCGGCUCGUUAGGACAAGCCGCUACUGGCCUGAUCUAUACAUGUUUACACAGAAGCAAGACUCUCUGUGUCCAAUGAGACUUGCUCCCAAGGAUGUUUGUGCAGCCUGUGGCGUUUGCUUGGAAUGCACUUAAGCCUUGAAAUCAGCCUGCCAUAAAAAUUAGUAGCUCCCUCAGCCCAUCCACAGGUAAGUUGUUUGUGCCUGGAACCAGGUACUUUUUACAAAAAAAAAACAAAACUUACCAGGUGACCUGGAGGCCAUAUCGACUAGCUACUUACAAGACCCAAGAGCACAGCAGGUUCACACGUUAUGUUCUUGGUAGAGCUGAACAUGAACCAUCUUCAGGGAAACUGUUAGGUCCUCCUUCUACAUUUUUCAGGUAAUUUGUGGGAAAUGUCCCCAUGCUUAAGAACUUUUUAUUGGUUUGCAGGGUUGUUUACAUAUUGGCUUCUAUCAACUUGGGAUUAGAUAACUCUUGGAGCACUCUGCAGCUUAUUAAAGACAUGAAGGGGAGAUUUUUAAAAACAGCAAUAUGGCCCACCACAGGCCAAACUUCAUGACACUUCCAUCCCUUUAUAGAGGGUCUUUCAGUACCCCCAGUAUUGUCUGGGGCAUCAGCCAAAGCAGCUGAACAUCCAGUGAGAAUAUGCAGCCACCCACAGUGAAGCAACAUUUCUCCAUAGCUGUUAUACUCUCAUUGGUAGUAUUGACCCUUUUUUGUGUGAUUGUUCUUAGACGAAGGAGUUCUGGUAGAUCCUAAAAACUCAGGAGCCCAUAGAGAGGGCUGUCCACAAUAUUUAUACAAGUGAAAUUUAUCGUUCAUCUUUUCACUGCACAGGAUAUGUGUGGCUUUUUGUUUUUUCCUGAUAAUGGCAUUUAGGCGGUGUUUACACCAAGAAUUGCUCCAGUUUAAUUCAACACUCCACAUGUACUUUAAACUCCUGUAGCCCCCAAGCAAGGAAUUGAAUGUACUUCUCUUCCAGGAGGAAUCGAAUCUCUUCACUCCUGUGCGGUUUGUAGGGCUUUCCCAGGGUGCGUCUAAUAACCAUAAAGUAGUUGAGUAUUUCAGUAUAGGAAACGUGACAGUUGCUUUCAGUAGGGGUGUGCAUGAAACCAGGUUUGGCAGUUUGGUUUGAAUUUGAACCAAACCACCUCUCCACGAGCCAGUUUGGUCGAACCAGCUAGUGGUCCAGUCCAUUUGGGCAAACCAGUUUGAGGGCUAUGUUUGUAAAGGGGAAGGGGAAAUCCUUUUAAAGUGUUCUGAGGGUGGGGGGGGUGACAAGAGGGCCCCAUACCAGUGGCUCAGCAUAAUGUCUCCUCUACCUGUGUCUCCCUCCACCCCAGCAUUGUGGCCCAGUUCCAGCCUCCAUGAAUGUGCAGAGGCUAUCUGCGUGGUCACAAUGGUCGGACCGUUUCGAACUCGGACCAGUUGCCUUUUUCUGAGGCUGAUUUGAACUGGAACCAGUUCAAAUUGAACCCAGCUGGAUUCGAACCAGUUCUGUACACCCCUAGUUUUUAGUGCAAGAGCAGAGUGCAGUUAAACUAUAAACUGCACUGCAGUUUAUAAGGGACUUCGUUUUGAGACGGGAAGAGGGGCAGUUGAGGGAAGCUCUGAAGUAGACACAUGCACACAACUUCACAAUAACAGAGCUGCCUCCUAUAUAAAAGUGUAUGGUCUAUACUUCUGUACUGAGAGUGGUGUAAAUAGUGAAGACAUGGGUCAUGAAAAGCAGGACAAGUUCCAGAACCUUGUAGUAGUUUCAGCGAGUGGAGCUUUUCCUCAUGCUUGCAUCAUAAACUCUACCUGAGGAGAUUCCUUCUUCACCCAUUAUUACAGGUAUGGGAGCCUUUUCCUCUGAGCAGAAGUGUUAAGUUCCCUUGUGACCGAAGUGUGGAACCUUUGCUUAUGCUAAGACCACCCACUGGCACCUCUGUCUUUUCUUGAUACAAACUGCUCCAUAACAGUUUGUAUCAACCAAGCAAAGAAGAUGAAAAGCAAGUAAGAGGGUUCUGGAUGACACUCAGUUACAAGUGAUGUACAGAGAUAAUUUUCAUUAUGAAUGUUCUGUGGUUGCUUGAUAGUUUGUGGGCUAGCUUUUAAUCUGAAGUGCAACCAUAAACACUUUUUUUUAAAAUGGUGAAUGAAGUCAGAAUUACAAGCAAUAUAUAUGUGUGUGUUCAGUCAUUCUUUGGAUGAAAUUUGCUUCCUCUGCAGCUGAAACUCUUAAUUUCUUAUUUUAACAUUUUAAGUAAGCUUGGAAAUAUAGCAACUUCAGAUGUGUCCACAUUUCAGCCUUGUAUAAAGAUUUCUGUUGCAUGAAGACCACGUCUCUUAUGCUGUGGUUCCACAGCAUCCUUUCAGGUUGCUCUCUUUCAAUAGUGCAAUUGCAUUAAUUUUUCUCUUUUUUUACAAUUACAACCAAAAUAAAUACUAUUUUUUGGAAGAAA